AUGUCAAGUGCCGUUAAUCCUUUUAAGAACAUAGGGAGGAAUACGCUAUAUUUGGUCGGAGGGCUGAUAGUAUCGGUUUUUGUGACAAAAAAGCUUGUAAACUCGAACAAACAAAUUCAGUUCGACCGUAUGCAAGCCGAGGAGAUCACCAAAGAAAAUUACUACAAGAAUCUUGCAAACAUCAAGCCAGGUUUCCCACUGCCAGCAGAGGACUCUUCUGACGUUCGAAAGAGCGAGUUUGAGGGUAGAGGACUCAGCUAUCUAAGCAGAAAAGGAGGUGAUAGGCUUGGUUUUCUCGAUAGGAGAAGUGGAAGCGAUUGA